UUGGAAUCACCUAGUUACAUUUCAAAUUUUCAGCAUGAGACCUCGAUUGACCCGUCUACUGCGCACUCGAAAACGAGUGUAACAACCACGCCGGGACCAAUAAUUGGUCAGUUCUGCGGACGACGUACCAAUGCCAGUGACCUGAGUUUAAGCACAAUGAAUGCUUUGACGUUAUGGUGGCAUACGGAUGCCAUCCUUCCACAGCAACAUCCUGCAAAAGGGUUUCAGCUACAUUGGAAUGCUUUUCGAGUGACAGACGGAGUUCCGUGCUCGACUGGACGGGAAUUCACCUGCGGGCAAGACCAGUGCAUUCCUGUUCAACUGGCCUGCGAUCGUUUCUCGGAUUGUCCCGAUGGUUCAGACAUCAUUUAUUCCAAACAAUUUGCUGCAAAUUGUGAAGGUAAGCCGAGUUUCCUCUCCCUGAAGAAGGGGUGA